AUGAAUUUUAAACUUUCUACUUUAUUUAAAUAUGAAAAACCAUUAAGUCCACAUCUUGCUAUCGAUAAAGAUUUGAUACCUAAAGAUGACGAUGUUUUACUGGCUACCAAAAAUCAUAUAAUUGAAUGUGCGAUCGAUUCUAGUCUCGAUGGAGGGACUUUAUUUUUAGAAACAGCAGGGGGAACUAUUCAAAGUGAAUUUUAUAGACCUCUUCGUCUUCCAACAAUCUUAAUUGGUGAUAGUAAUUUAGGAGGAAUAUCAACAACAAUAUCAUCUUUCGAAACUUUACGUAUACGAGGAUAUGAUGUAAUAAUAAUAUUAUUAUUUGAAAAUUCACAAUAUAAAAAUCAUAAUUUUCUUCAAAAUUAUUUUCAAAAAAAUUUUUUAAAAAAAAAUGAAAAUAUUUUGAUAAAAACUAUUCCUAUUCCACCUAAAAAAUCUUUAAAUAAAAAUAUUGAUAUAGAUAAUUUAAAGAAAUAUUUUAAUAAUCUUGAGGAAAAAUUUGAUGAUAUAUUUGAAAAUUUAAUUAAUUGGAAUGAAUCAAGAUUUAAUAGAUUAAGUGAAAUGUCUGAACGUGGCAAAGAAAUUGUUUGGUGGCCUUUUACUCAACAUAAUAAGAUUGAUAAAGUUAACGUUAUUGAUUCUGCAUAUAAUGAUUUUAUGGUCAUUUAUGAUCAAAACGAUCGAAAUUAUCAAAAUAUUCAAAGUUAUCAAAGUAAUCAAGGUAAUCAAGAUAAUCAAAGUUAUCAAGGUGAUCAAAGUGAAUUAACAAAAAAAUCGAAAAAUGAUGGAAUUAUGAAAGAAAUGUUUGAUGGUUCAUCAAGUUGGUGGACACAAGGUCUAGGACAUGGUUCAUCAAAAUUAUCAUUAUCUGCAUCAUACGCGGCUGGAAGAUAUGGGCAUGUUCUCUUCCCUGAAUGCAUUCAUGAACCGUCCCUCUCACUUUCUCAAACCUUAUUAAAUACAGUAGGAAAUAAUUGGGCAACACGUGUAUUUUUUUCAGAUAAUGGUAGUACUGCUGUGGAAGUCGCAUUAAAAAUGGCUUUACAAUCUACAUGUAAAAGAUAUUUUAAUGGACAAAAUGAAGAUUUUCAAAACCUAAAAAUUUUAGGUCUGUACGGAUCUUAUCAUGGUGAUACUAUUGGUGCUAUGGAUGCUUGUAGUCCAAAUCCUUUUAAUAAAUUAGUAUCUUGGUAUGAACCAAAAGGAAAAUGGUUUGAUCCACCACGAAUAUUGUUAAAAAAUAAUGUUUACAAUUUACAAAUACCUUUUUCAAAUGAAACAAUGAAUUACCCAUCAUUAAAAUCAAUAUUCUCAUCAGAACGAUCCAUUUCUGAUCCAAUUUCUCAAAUUUAUAAAAAACAUAUUAAAGAAACCAUUACCCGUUACAUUAAAGAAGGAGAUAAAUUUGGAGCUUUAAUAUUGGAACCAAUUGUAAUGGGAGCAGGUGGUAUGAUAUUUGUUGAUCCAUUAUUUCAACGAUUACUUGUAGAAUUUGUUAGAGAAUGGGAUGGAUGGAUUGAACAUUGGGGAGAUAAUAAAACAAAUGAAAAAAAAGUUGGUGAUUGGGAAGGAUUACCC